CUAUAGUCAAGUGAAGUGAACGCGAACAGAUCAAAAGGUGAAAACUGAAAAUGGAGGAAUUGCAUAAAGCCCUAAAGGAUCGUGAUUUAACCGUUUCCACCGUUCAUGGAAAGGGUCGUUCUCUCGUCACUGCUAGGGAUUUCUACCCGGGAGAUGUGAUUAUUAACCAAGAGCCUUAUGUUUGUGUUUCAACUCACAAAAGGUGUGAUGGUUGUUUCAGAACAACUAACCUUAGCAAGUGCUCACGUUGUCACGUUGUUUGGUAUUGUGGAACAUCAUGUCAGAAGUCGGAGUGGAGGUUGCAUCGUCUUGAAUGUGAAGCUCUGUCAAGGCUAGAUGACCGCAAGAGAAAAUCUGUUACGCCGUCGAUACGGUUGAUGCUCAAACUUUAUCUUCGAAGGAAGUUGCAAGAUGAGAAGAUCAUUCCAAGCACUGCUAUGGACAACUACAAGUUAGUGGAGGCAUUAGUGGCCCACAUGUCUGACAUUACAGAGGAGCAGCUGGUGUUGUAUGCACAAAUGGCUAAUCUUGUACACUUGAUACUACAAUGGCCUGAAAUCAAUAUUAAAGAGAUUGCAGAAAUUUUUUCCAAGUUUGCGUGUAAUGCACAUACCAUUUGUGACAGUGAGUUGAGACCUUUGGGAACUGGACUGUAUCCUGUUGUUUCCAUUAUCAAUCACAGCUGCUUGCCCAAUUCAGUUUUGGUUUUUGAGGGAAGGAUAGCAUCGGUACGUGCUUUGCAGCAAUUACCCAAGGGAACUGAGGUAUUGAUAAGUUAUAUAGAGACAGCGGGAAGCACCGUGACUCGACAGAAGGCUCUCAAGGAGCAGUAUCUAUUCACUUGUGUUUGUCCUCUCUGCUCUAAAGUGGGUCAGUACGAUGAUGUUCGAAAAAAUGCAAUUCUAGAAGGAUACAGAUGCAAAAAUGAAACAUGUGAUGGUUUCUUGCUCCGUACAACUGACGGACAAGCAUUCCAAUGCCAAGAAUGCGGGUUAAUUAGGGACAAGGAAGAAAUAAAGAAAAUUGCAACUGAAAUAAAAUUGCUAUCAGAAGAAGCUUCUAAGCCUUCUUCUAGUGCCAAUUUUCAAGAAGCUAUAUCUAUAUAUAAAAUGAUUGAGAAACUGCAAACAAAAUUAUAUCACCCUUUCUCAAUCAAUUUGAUGCAAACACGAGAGACGAUUUUGAAGUCACUAAUGAAGCUAGAACAUUGGAGAGAAGCUUUAGCAUAUUGCAAACUGACCAUACCAAUCUAUCAAAGAGUAUAUCCAGCUGUUCACCCUCUGCUUGGCUUGCAAUAUUAUACUUGUGGAAAACUUGAAUGGUAUCUUGAAGACACGGAGGAAGCUGUUAUAUCAUUGACCAAGGCUGUGGAUAUACUAAGGAUUACUCAUGGUACAAAUACUCCAUUUGUUAAGGAACUUUUGACGAUGUUGGAGGAAGCCCGUGCAGAAUUAACUUACAAAUCGUCUUCCAAAGAGGAGUAGAAUGACAAGUUAAUGACAGUAAUAUUGCAGCUGCCGUAUAAGCAAGUCACUGGAGCUUGAUCACUGAGAAUUAUUAUUAAAGACGGCACUUGUUGUUAACUGAUGAAAUUUGCUCAGUCACAAGAAAUUCAUUAUGGUACAUUAUGAAAUGGAGUGGUUGUUGUAGAGACCCGGGUUGCGAUAUGCCUUCUUUGCUGGGUCCUUGUGCGUUUAAAUAUACAGUUUUUCAGUCUGUCUAAAGGUUAUAUAGUAACCGUUACUUUUUGCUUUCUUAAUAGCUCCAUUUGAGAGUAGUUCUUUUUAACCUAUUUUAUUUGUUAUGUAAGAUUAAAGCAACCUUAUUGAAAUGGCGAAUUACAUUUUCAAACUUUUUUA